CAGUGAAGUGCAGCUACAUGCGAGAAGCCCAAAAAUGCAAUUGAUUUAAAUGAUUUCCUGUUUAGUUCGUAUAAAUAUUUCCACCACUCGUAACUCGAGAGCCCGACCCACAAAAGAUGGAAAAAUGCAAGUUCAUGGCGAAAUUUAAAUACCAAUUUCUGCAAGCUGAUGGGGAAAAUCGGAAUGGUAAUACCAUUUAAAGGCAACGCGGCCUAGACUUGCUGACAGUAAACUUUCCGAUUAAAGCAAUUAAAAUUUCCUUUCCGUCAACUUACAAUAAAAUAAUAGAAAACAGCACGUUUGUGGCACAGGGGAUCAGGAGUAAUGGCAUUUUAGAGCAAUAAAGCGCAUCGUCACAGCAUUAAGACAAGGGAAAUAGUUCUGAGGCACACAGCGAAUAAAGUGAGGGAAUAUGUCAGCCACUCAGCCAAAGGAUACGGCAUUAAUGACUAAAGAAUCGGCAUCUGGAGCAAUAGCACCAGCAGGAGUUGAAACUCAGCUACGCCUUCCAACCGCCAAAGCAGCAGCAGCAACGGGAAAGAAAACUUUAAUCUCUGGCGCGACUUUGUCAUUGUUUGAUCAGCUGAAAAACAGCGUCAAUUUAAACAGUUUGACAAUUGGCGCCGGCGUCGGCAACAACAGCAACGCAGAAGCAAUACCACCUACAACAGCUGCCACACCCACCAAUACACAGUUACCAUCCCCUGCACCUCCCAUCCCCCCCUCUCUGUCCUUAAAUAUUGAACUGAAACCUCCGGCAAAGCCCGCCCGACCAUUCAGUUCGCCCAGCAGCAUUGGCAUCGUGCUGGGCACCAAACGUGGGGCAGGCGGAUUGGGAGGCAGUGCUGGUGCCCAAGCAGACAAAUUGGAUAUAAACGCUUUGCGAUCUCAGCUCUAUCAGGGCUCCAGAAAAACAGCAACAACAACUCGAGUGGGAGCUGGCAAAACAACAGCAUCCAGAGCAACUGGAGGAGAACGCGGGACGAAGGGAUCCAAGAAGCGGUGUCUGGAUCGAUACGACUCAUCGGAAUCAUCAGACAGCGGCGUUGCCACCUCACUGAGCUGCACGGACUCCAGCACUGGCUCCAGUGAGGAUGCGUCCGAUCCCGGCUCACCGUACAGUGCUCUCUCGCAACUGAGCGACCCGCCCGACCCGUUCGCUAAGAUGCCGCCACAGAUACUGGGAAACGCCAGUGGAAGUAGCUCAACAGCGGCCGCUUCUCCGUCUUCUAGCAGCGCCAGUCAGGCGACACAAUCGCCAACCAUCCACCAUAGUCAUCUUAGCCAACACAGCUCCACAAGCGGCAUGCCCAAGCCAACGACGCCCCAGCGCCAUGGCAAUCCCAGCAUUGUGCCCACGCUCCAGUGGCCGUGGAAUACCAGUCUGGGCAGCACAUCCACCGCUGUUCCGGCCGCCACGGCCAAUAAGAAUAAGCGAACCGCUGCAGGAUCAGGAGGAGGAGUAGGAAACUUAGGCGGAGACGGUGCCUGCAUUACUGGCGGAGGAGCGGCUGCAGCCAAAAAGGCGCGCAGCGAACUUGCCGGCUCCUUUGACGCAAGUAAAAGACUGAAGGUGGCCGCAAUGGAGGAGUCGCAGACCAAGAUCACCGGUUUCUUCAAGUCUCAGAUGAAGCCAUCUCCAGGCGGCGGAAAGCUUUCACCACAGCCCGGCCAGCACAGCAAUCCAGCCAACACGCUAACCAUGAGCACGCCCGCAACCACCGCCUCGCUAAACAAAUAUUUCAAUAUUUUGUCGCAGCUAAAGGAGCAGAAGGCCCAGCAACAGCAACAACAGCAGGCAGCGAAGGCGUUGCCCACACCAGCACCAGUGGCUCCGACCGUGCCUGCACCGCCCGCUACACCUGUUGUCACUGCCAGUCCCAGCUUGCCUGUGCCAGCGCUGAAAAAGAUUGAGCGCAGCACCAAGCAGCCGGCCAAAAUUGCCCAGGUGGCCCCCAAUUUGCGUAAGACACCAAGCAGUGCUUCUUCUGGCAGCUCUUCGUCAUCCUCGUCUAGCUCCUCGAAUGGCUCGAGUACGGGCAAAUCACCGGCCAAGAAGCACGUAGCCAUUGCGCCCAGAACGCCGGAAAUGAAGCAGCAGCAACAAGGAAAGGCCGCUAUGGUUUACCGACCUCCGUUAACAAGUCCGGCCCUGAAGCAAAAGCAGAUCUCACCGCCCGCCCCAGUGGCGGCCACCGCACCCGCCCCAGCACAAGCACUUAAUCCGUCGCCCGCCCCCGCUAAUCCUACGCUGUACCAGCUGCCCGUUCAACUGCCCAAUCUAGUCCAGCUGCCGCCCCAGCUGGCGGCCGCCGCCAAUAUAAUGCAGCUGAACAAUGUGGCAAAGGCAGCGGUGGCUGCGGCGGCUAACAAUAAUGCGGCCGCCCAGGCAGCGCAAGCUGCACAGGCUGCGCAAGCAGCUGCCGCCCAGUAUUUCCUCAACGGCACUGUCUUUAAGCUGCAACAGGUGACGACGGCCACGACGACGACGGCCACCACUGCCACAGCUGCGGCAGCUCCAGCUGGCAACCCUUUUGGACUCCUUAAUUUAGCGACGGCGGGCAAUCCCUUCGGCAUUCCCAACGCCAGUGGACAGUUUCCCAUUGACGCCAUUCCGGGAGCUGGAAGCUAUCUUCAUCAUCAACUGCUUCUUGCCAGACAGAACAACAUGAAUUUAAACGAAAAUAUGGCUUCCAACUCAUGCGGGAACAUGAACUUUGUUAAUCCGCUCAACAACCAACAAGUGGGACUCAAAGAUAACAAAUUAUAUAUAGUGAACUCGGCCGAGUACCUAGGUUACUUAAUGAGCUUGCAGAUAGCUCUAAACAACCAACAGCAUCAGCAACAACAACUCAUAUCUGCCACACAGCCGCCACCAUUGGCGGCCACAAACAGCAGCAAUACGAACACCACUGCCACUCAGCCGCCACCAUUGGCAGCCACGAACAACACCAAUUCGAACACUGCCAACAACUCGACUGCCAGCAACAGUAACAACCACAAUGCCUCGAAUAAUCUAAGCAACAUCAACAACACUGCCAUACAGCCCCAGCGGGCGAUAGUGAAGCCGCCGAUGCACAGUUCCACGCAGCCGCCGCCGCUGGUUACUAUUUCGUCAAUGCCCGCUUGCUCCCCAGUAGCUGCCUCUUCGCCAGCAGCUAAACGUUCACUUCCCGCCGCUAAGCCAUACCAGAAGCGGUUGACAGCAAAAGGCAGGGUGGGGGCGGCGUCUAUCAUUGCUACGCCCACUACGCCCCCGCCUUUGGUUCCUACGUCGGCCACAAAAGAGCUGGGCCAGCUGCGGAAAAGCACGGGGACUAUUGGGCCGCAAACAGCCACGCCCACACCAACGCCACCGCUGGUUAGCAUCGCACCCUCAAAGCUGACGCCCACGCUUAGCGUUUCAAAACAAGGACCUACGAUGAAGCUAGCCAAUAGUGCACCCGAUCUUUUUGAUCUGGUCAAGAACUCCAAGGUGGUGGCCAAGGUGUCGCAACCUCUUACGCCAUUGCCCUUUAGCUCUCCAAGCAGCAGCAGCAACGGAAGCCACUGUCUGCGGUCUUCGCCAGCCCUCUCCACCUCAAACUCUUGCACCCUUUCCGCUUUCAGUAAGAUUAAGAUGGAACCAUCGGAGCUUGCUUCACAGAUCGGCUCCUUGCCUUCUUCUUCGAUGCCUCAAAUAUCACUCAAGCCUCAGAGUUUCGCCGGACAUCUGCCUAAGAGGGAGCCGGACCCCGAGUCGAGUGCCGAAACUCUAAAGCACGACCUUUUGCCAGACUGCACCAACAGCAACUCGAACUCGAAUUCGUGUAGUAGCAGCAGUUAUUCCCACUCAGUCAGCUCUGCAGCAGAUCUCUCGCUGGAGGCCUCUACACCCGCCCCAUCUCCGUCGCCUUCAGUGUCGCCCUCCGGCUUGGGAUAUUCCUCGCCGGCGGCUAGCAACAUGAGCGGCAGCAGCCGGCGAGCUGCCAGUCAAACUGACAUGCUCAGCGAGCUGGUAACUUCGUCGUGCCUAUCCAGCGGUGGUGAUGACUGCUCCCAGGCCACAGACUCUCCUUCAACGCCGACACUUCCAUUGCAGCUGGUCAAAAUCGAGGACACGACCACUCCGAUUUCCACGGCCAGUGGCGGAAGCAGCAGCGGGAGUAGCAACUACGACGAAGAGGACGACAAGUCGGUUGCCUCGUUGGAGACUCAUCAGACGCACAAACGGCUGAGGGACCUGCCCACUCCGGAGUCGGGUAUUGGUGGAAGCUUAAGCAACAGUGAGAGCAGCAACUCAAUAGCGGACGCCAUAUCCUCCAAGUCUGCUUCUGUUGGACCACCCACUACUGCAGCGAGCUCCUCCUCCGCCUCAGACAGCAACUCACUUGCAAGCAAUGCUUCUUCUCCCGCCUCUCCAGAUGAUUGCUCUGCAGCUCCUUCACCAGCUUGUUCCGCGUCCACUGCCGCCUCUAUUCCACCCAGCACAGUGGUAGACAUAGCUAUGGUCGAGGCCACCAGUAAAAGUCUGCCAAAAAGUGCCAUUUCACCUAUACUCUCGCAACCAAAGACCAUCCGUUUCCCGGCUGGAGCAGGUGCUGGUGGCAAAGGCGGGAAAAGGCACGACGGCGUCUGCUAUUGGGAUAAGUGCAACAAAAAACAUGAGAGCAACUCAAAACUGCUGGACCACAUGCAAACGCACCACGUCAAUACGCAGACGGGCCCUUUCGCAUGUCUCUGGGUGGGCUGCAAAGUGUAUAACAAGGAGUCAUGUUCGCGCCGCUGGCUAGAACGGCACGUGCUAUCUCACGGUGGCUCUAAGCAGUUCAAGUGUAUUGUCGAGGGCUGCGGCCUUCGGUUUGGCUCACAGUUGGCGCUGCAAAAGCAUGUAAACAAUCACUUCAAUGCUACGGACAAUGCCAAGGAGAGCACGAACAAGCGCACCUCCGAUCCGCCCGUACCCAAACAACUUCGCAAGAAUGGCAAGAAGCUCCGAUACCGCCGUCAACCUUUCUCAGCUCGCAUGUUUGACUUCUUCGACACGGGAAUAAUGGAAGGGCUACAGCACCGCCUACGCCAGAUUAGCACCCUUACGAACGGAGCCCAGGCCAUCGAGUUCCAGGGCCAAUGUCUGAUGCGUCGGCGCAACAGCCAAGGCGACUACGAAUGCUUUGUGCGCUGGUCCCCGCGCGAGAUCAUUUCUGACGAGUGGCUGCCAGAGUGUUCCAAUCGGACGCGCCAGCACACCAAGGUGUUGCACAUCAAGCAAAUGCGACCAGCUGAGAAAACGCGAGUGGACAGCUUACUCAGCACGGCCUUCAGACUACGAUACGAUUCCCAAUUAUUCGCAGACGAUUAUAAUGUCAACGAGCAGCAGAUUGGCGGGCUAAGCGGUAGCGAUUGCGAGGAGGAUGAGGUCGAGGAUGAAGAUGAGGAGGAAGAUGAAGACAGUAGUUCGCGCAGUGUGAGCUGCGAGACGGUGUCUAGCUAUCAGCAGGUACUAAGCAUCGCCAAGCUACAGAUGCAACAACGUAGGAAGCACCCGCGUAAACCACACAAAAUGACACCAACUGCGAGGGAGCUGAUUGUUCCAACGGACGCCCUGGUGCCCAUUUAAGGCUCUGCCAGAUUUAUAGUAUUCACUAAGUAAUUAAACCGAAAAAGAAACGACAAACGAGUAAACAGUGACAAGUAGACUAGUUAGUUAAGUUAAGUUAAUACCUACGUAUAUAUCCAUUUAUGUAUAGAAACUAUAAGUACUCCCGCUUUGUUCAAUUUUGUUUUGUUUGGUUCGCGUGACCAGGCGUUUAUUUUAUUGUUCUCAUCCAUCGAUCCUUGUAGAUAUUUCCGGAUGGAAAGAAAAGUAACAGUCAGGACCAUUUAGUGGCCACCUUAUCGCAUCCCACCCGCGCGUCUAGCAAGUGCUGUUAUGAACGAAUGUCCUAAUUCCUAGAGUUCUAGAUUUAUUUUAGUUUUAAAAUAUAUACUUAGUAGAGAUUCAUCUGGAAAUGCCGGACUGGACAAGACUGGUUCAAAAGCUAAUUUUAUGUUGAACUUUUUUAAAAUUUCAAGUUACACUUCGUUUUCAUUUUGUUGCCCCUCGUCGUAUUAUAUUGUAAUUUUAUAAACUGGCCAAACUUACACUGAAAGCGGAAAAACUACGCACAUAACUGAGCAGUUAAAGUUUUAGUAUAGUUAAGGUACGUGGAAGAACACAAGACUUGAAGCAUUUACCGCUACAAAAUACGAGAAAUAUUUGUAAAACAUUUUGUACUCAACUCGAACAGCAAUGCAAACAGUUUUAAGCCUGAGUUAGACCCAAGCCCAAGAUGAUUUUACAUUAAUUUAGUGCAAAUAGAAUGCAAUAUUCGCCAACUCAUCAGCGUCUCAGUUCGUUUUGUGAAAAUUUGAAGAGACAGAAAAGCUAAAUGCAUAAUGUAAAUAAUAUAAUAUAAUAUUAACUAGUUUCGCUUUUAAACUUACAUUAAAAAUAUUCAUUUAGAACUUAGCCAAGGCAACCCCAAUUAAAAUAUCCAAAAUAAAGUUAUCGAAAAGAAAUCCAACAAUCACAAGCAAAAUAUAACAAAAUAA